AUGUCUCGGUUAUUUUUUGAAAUUCCCGUCAUGAUUGGAGCUAUUGAAAUCUCUAGGGUAGCUUUACUUGAUCCUUUAGCUAAAGUAUCUUUACCUUAUUUCAAAACGACCACCAAACAUCAUGGUUACACCAACGCACUGAAGUGCGCUUCCACGGUAGCCCUGUAUUAUUUACUUGCGGACAACUUUAUGUUUUUACCGAUAUAUUUUUUAAAAGUGGCUAUUGGAACCAUCAUCGGAACCAUUUUCGUCUGCUCCAUCCUAUGCAAUUUCACGCCUCUAUGGGAAAUUUUAAUGACCUCUUUCGUGCACGUCACGGUAAAAGAUAACAAAGCAUCUUCUCGCGAUCGCACGUCCAAUCUUGACGACGUUAUCGUCGGUAACCUUGUUGUACCUUUCAAACAACAACAACUCCCUUACAAUAACAAUAAUGAAACCUUGAUUAAAACGAGUGAAAGGAACCAUUUCCUUCAACUUGGGAUUAAAUUAUCAAAUGAGAACAACUACAAAUUAUCCUUCCCAAAGAAAUUUCAUCGGUUCAAUCAAAAUGUUCAAAAAAAUUUUCAACACGAAGUUAUCAUCAUGAACGCUAGCGUUUUGGUUAGAUUGAAUAGAUUACUUUCAAUCCCCUCCCGAUCAUCAACUUCUCGUUCGCGAAAAAUUUUCCCUGCAACGAUACCAAUUUUCCCCAGGAAAAGUUUAUUAAUUUGUGAUUCUCAUGAAUUAAAGAAACCUCUUUGUGAAUUUUCGGAAAAACAAGUUCACGUCGAUGCAGAAGUUUACGUGGCACCACCUGGUGAUUUAUUCCUCUCGGAAAAAAUUGAUAAAUUAGAUCAAGAACUUGUCUACUUAAAGGAGCAUGAAAGUUUAACAAGAGAAUUAAUUAGUCAAAAAGUACAACAAAAUGAUUUAAUCGAUGAGGAAUAUGAGUCCACCAAAAAAAUUCAUCAAGAGUUGAUCAGUCAAAUUGAACGUAUUGAUAAUCAAAAACAUCAGUAUCAAGUUCAAGUUCAAGAAAACAUCAUUUCAAAGGAUGUGACGAAGAUUACCAUCCCGGCUUUUACCAUUAAACGAGAAAAUUCAAAAAAGUUUGCCAUAUACGUUAUUAUGGUACAAAGACUUGACGCUGCCACUGGUCAAGUUAAAUCUGGCUGGAUCGUUCCUCGUAGAUACAAUGAAUUUUCCUUGUUAAAUAAAUACUUGAAAAAACAUCACUCUUCAUUUGUUAAGAAAUUCCAACUUCCUGGAAAGACAUUACUUAAUACUUUAGAUAAUUCUUUCUUGGAAUCUCGUCGUAUUCAACUUGAAAAUUUUUUGCAGGGUAUUUUGACUAAUGAUGAAAUUUGUGAAGAAAAACAAUUCUUGAAAUUCUUGUCAAAAGAAAACUAA